GGGUGGGGUGGGAAAGGCGCGUUCCCCUUCCUCAGGCUAGACGCAGGCUUACAGUUCUGCCGUCGGAGGGAUUGCUCAAAAGGAAGAGGUGCGACCUUCCAAGGGGCUUGCUUCCAAGAUCUGGACCUUGGGAGUGCCCAGCUGAGCUCUGAGGAAUGGGAUCGCUGCUCGUGCAUUCAUGAUUUGCGCACUGCCUGAGGGAGAAGAGGCGCCCUCGGAAUAUCCUAACAAAAAAAGAAUUGGCUUCAAUUCGUGGAAAGUCCAGUGAGCUUGCAACCUGAUUGGGGAAAACAACGUCCAUGCCUGUUUGUCUCCUGGCUGCCAUGAUUCUUAUGGACACAUGGAUGCAGAAGAUUCUGUAGUCUUGCUUUGUCUCAAGGAUUUGGCUAAAGCAAUCGGAGCAUCCCUGAACGAAAACCGUGGUGACAGUAACCUCCAAGCAGUCCAUGGAGCAGCCGCGGCCGCCGAGAGGCGCAUCGGGCUAAAUGGUCGCCUGCUUUUCUGCACUUUGGAGGCUAUUGAGUUUGCUGACUCUCGUUGAUGGCAUGUUGAGGCACACUGAGCCGCAGUGGAGUGGGUGUGUGUCAGCGAGGGGGCUGCUCUAACAGCUGGGUGUGCACCAAUAUGGGCCAGUGUGUCACGAAAUGCAAGAAUCCUUCUUCCACCCUUGGCAGCAAAAAUGGUGAUCGGGAAUCUGGCGGCAAGACUCAUGGCAAGCGGAGCGGGAUUCAGAAGGAAGAGCACAGCACCGUCGGUGGGAAAUCGUCCGGGGACAUCCUUGUCAACGGGACAAAAAAGAUGGAGGCUGCUGUAGAAUGCGGUCAGCCGCCAGGUUCCUCUGGGGACUCAAAGAAGGAGCCAGCUUCUGCCACAGAGGAAUCCUCCCUGCACAGGACUGAGGAAUUAUUUAGGAGAUACAAGGACGAGCGGGAAGAUGCCAUAUUGGAGGAGGGCAUGGAGCGUUUCUGCAAUGACCUCUGUGUUGACCCCACCGAAUUCAAAGUGCUCGUCCUGGCAUGGAAGUUCCAGGCGGCUACCAUGUGCAAAUUCACAAGGACAGAGUUCUUUGAGGGCUGCAAAGCAAUCAACGCGGACAGCAUUGAUGGAAUCUGUGCCCGCUUCCCCAGCCUCUUAAAUGAAGCCAAGCAAGAGGAUAAAUUCAAGGAUCUCUAUCGUUUCACCUUCCAGUUUGGCCUGGACUCCGAAGAGGGGCAGAGAUCACUGCAUCGGGAAAUCGCCAUUGCCCUUUGGAAACUCGUCUUCACUCAAAACAAGCCCCCAAUAUUGGACCAGUGGUUACACUUCUUAAAUGAGAACCCCUCAGGAAUCAAAGGAAUUUCCCGGGACACAUGGAACAUGUUCCUAAAUUUUACUCAGGUCAUUGGGCCGGACCUUAGCAAUUACAGUGAAGAUGAGGCUUGGCCUAGCCUCUUUGAUACCUUUGUGGAAUGGGAAAUGGAGCAGAGGAAGAGAGACGAGGAGACAAAGCAUGCUGCAGCUUCCCAGACAACAAGCCUGUGCAUAGACCAUCACCCUUAGCAGCAUUGAAAUGCAGCGACAGCAGCUGCAACCUGCUAACUUUUCAUUAUCCAUAAGCUCUGGACUCUUCUGGAAUUUACAGACGCUCCAGAUUUUUCUACUUUACACCUUUCUCUGCCUUGUAUUUUGAAAGGGCUCUAAAAUGCUGUAUCCAUAUUUUAGGCACUUUCUUUAAAAUUUGGGUUAUUCCUGUUACUUUUCCCAAAAUGUUUGACCCUUGGCUGCAAGUUAAAUGGUCUUUAAUGGUUUUGGAUUUGGCAUAAUUUCAUUUUGACAUUGGUUAUGCAACAUUUAAAAAAAUGAGGGGGGUGAGGUUAAAUUAACAUUGUUAAAUUAUACAGUGCCAGACUGAAGGUCUGCAAAUUUCCAUCGUUUUUUUUUUUUCAGGGCAGAUCUAUACUGUGUGUAGUGCUGUUUACAUUUGCUGCAUUUUUUUAAGGUUGUGAUAAUUUUAAGAUUUAUACCAUGAUUAAUAACAGUGUUAACUGUUAAUUGCAAAUGCAUUUGAUUCCCAGGUAAAUGAGGUUUUGAAAGCCAGUGAAAGCAGCACAUUUUCUUUAUAGUACAGCUAACCAAAAUUGGCCCCUGGUGUUUAUGAAAUAUAUUAUUUUUAAAGGAAUAUACUGUACCUGCCAGUCAGCUGAUUAUGAAUACCUUUUUGAACCAUUGGCCAUGAGACAAGAAGAGCAACAUCUGGUUCUUUGGGGAAGGUGGGUUUUUGGGGUUUUUGUUUUGUUUUGUUUUGUUUUUGGUCCUCCAGUCCCUUGGGGUACCCCCCCCCAAACAAAAAAAAAGUCUGCUCUAAUUAUAAGUUAGGAAAACUUGCCUGCUUUUCAAAAGCGGGCCUCAUGAACGCUAAAGCCCAUUCACGGUGAUGGGGUGCCUGGAAUACACUGAAAGUGGUGUCAAAUAGUUAUGUCUUUGCCUUUCCCUCAUUUGAAGGAUUAAAAUUUCAUUUUUUUCUGAAUUUGCAAAGAUUCUUACUCACGCAAUGAAAUUCUCAUCCUUCUGCACUGGCCAGAUUCAAUACCUGCAGCUUUUCCUGGCAUGGAGAGGGCUUCCUGCCAUGAAGUUCUUAGAGAUGAGGAACGUGUAAAACAAAAGAUGUCAACCCUAAUUCAGCACCAUGAACAGAGUUGACUAUGCAAUGGAUUCGAUCCCUGAUUCUUAAGAGCCAGCUAAGCUCUCUAAGCCCUUGUCUCGAUACACAAAUGUGUCUGCUUCACAUGCAGUGUUUUAAAAUAUUUAUCCAUUUCCUCCAGAAAGCAGAGUGUUAGUAAAUACUUCUGAAAGACAAACUGAAUGAAACAAAAUUCACACCCAUCCCUAAUUGGAACAGGCUGGGGGCUUUUCCCUCCCCAAAAGAAUAAGCGAUCUUGCGGGGUUGUUGCCCACUCAGGCCUUGCCAAACAUGCAGAUGGAUUUCCCUCUCAUGCCAACUUCCAAAGGAUGGAGGAGUGCGAGCCAUAAGUCUCCUGAGCUGGCAGGCCACAAACCCCACAUCCCUUGCUUUGCCUGAGGUGCAGAAGAGCAGCGCUACCUCCGUUUGAAGGGCCUUGUACUCCCUGCCCCCCCCCCCCAGAUGGAGCUCUUCUUUUAGACCAGGGAUUCUAUUUUCAUGACAGUGUGAAAACACUUUUACUUGACUCUAAGCCAAAGGUGGUGGUUCUUCCAGAUUUGUUAACUUUACGAGAAGUGCUAAAUUUUUACCUUCUGGGUGGAGAAAAACUCCCAAGUUCUGUUUUAAUAUUUUGUCUUGGACUCUUGGAUUUAAAAAAUUUCCUUAUGUGGUUGAGAAGUGCAGUAUAUUCAUGUAAGGAUGUGUGUUCUUUCCAAAGAACCCAUAAUAGUAGCAGUCGCCCCACUUCUCUGUACAAGGGAAUUUGCACCUGGUGAGUAGAAUUUUCAUGAUGCCCAUGAAAGGGAUCCUGUGCCUCUUAAUAACCGCAUUCCAAACAGAGAUUUCGAUCAAAUCAGAUCAACUGCAUCCCAAAUCAGAUUUUUUUUUGUGUUGUAUGGGAAUGAAGUGAUUAGAAAAAGCUGCACCAGUUGGAUUUCUGUGGUGCUGCUACCAAAGGCACAGGGUUUAGUCAGUGGGGUGCUGUGAUGGGGGGAAGGUUGGUACCCCCAUUUGGAAUGGUCUUAAGGGCAUCAGAAUAUGCAUCUCAUUUUGGGCUAACUUAUCAGUGCUUUAAAUAGAGCUGAAUUUAUCGUUUGUCCUAAAUUUUACCUGCACUGGGGUCUGUUUGCUUGCUUGAAACUGUUGUGAUCUAAAAAGGGAGUUUUAUUAACACUGGCUGAAUUGUUUUGAGACUGAUUUUUAAAAGCAAUGGCAACAUGUUGUGCACAUUUUAAAAUUUGGGAAAAGGGAUGGCUGCUGAGGCUUUCACCUGACCGCCAUAUUGCUGGUUGUUCUGUUUUGUUUUGCUUUAAAGAAAGUAAAACUUGAUUUCCGCUCUCCCAGUGGAAGGCUGUCAAAGUCGGCUUAGUUUAAACACACACACAGCUGAGCCGACUGCCCCCUCGGGCUGCUGAACCUGUACGUUUUGUUGGGAGCUCUUAACGAGCUUGAGAGUGGCAGUGUCCAAACUCUUCUAUAUGGUGAGCUGGGCAGCAGUCGCCCUGGCAGCCUGGUUUACCAGCCUGCUUCCAGCGGGUGUCUUCCAAAUGCCUUGGGCUACGACUACCAUCAUCCCCAGCCAGCAUGGCAGCAUAUGCCAGGGCAUCUGGAGGGUACCAGACUGUUGGAGGCUGUUAUUUUCUUUUGACUCUGCCACGGUCUGAUUCUGCCAUACAGUGAGACUGCAGGGCCAGCUUCCUGCCACUCUCUCCGUGCAGGAAAAGUCCCUCUCUCCAGCCUUCAGGUUUUCUUCCCAGUGGGCGCACUUGGAUUGUAUCGAUCGGGCAAUUCUAUCAAUACAGUCAAACUCAUCUGGAUCUUAAAUGGCUAACAAUCCUGGGGCAGAUAAAAAGAAAUACUUGAAAUUCACAUCCUCUCUCUCCUGCUUGGGAGCAGAGGUGGACAUCCGUUUGUGUUUUUUUUUUAAUUAAUAUUGACUGCAUUAAAACACCUUUUUUAAAUUGUGAAAAUGCUGCCAGAGGUGCUGUUUUUAAGGUAUAGCUGCAUUCAGCAGCAGGUGACUCCAAGGCGUUAGAGUCCAUGUAGCAGGUUUUUACUUUGCUGUUAAGGCUGCACUUGCAUUCUGUUGAGUGUCCCCUUUCUGUUUUAAUUUCAAAGGAUGUUCUGUGCCUAAAAAUUGGUGGUUGUGGGGGGGGGAUUUCUGCUUUGGUGUGCUAAAAUUGGUCCCUGAAGGUUCUGAACCCUCCAGUUUGACCUUGCAAAGUAUUUAAUCACCUGCUUGAAGGUUUGGCCCAGAAGGAUUUGAGAACAAGCCUUGAUUAUUAAAUACGUAAUGAAUGACA